CUGACAUUAGUGCAGCAGCAAGACCAGGCGCAGUAGCUUCACUAGCUCAUCACAAUCACAGGUCCUCCUCCUGUGAGAGCGAGCGAGGUCUCGGCUCUACGCCCAGCUCUGAGCAACUGUCUGCACCGCACCCCAAUAGAUGGGCUGUCCGGCCCAUGCGGCUUCAGCUGGUCAAACUCGUAUGAGCACCCGCAUAUACUAUUACCUCUGCAGCACCUCCAGUUGAGAGCAUCAGAGUGAUCGGCGAAGGAGGAAGACAAUCGGCAGCAAGUAAUCAGGACUGCAGGAGGACGAAAUAAGUCCUUCCAUGUCGGUAGAUCUGGGGAGCAGUAACUCUUUAUUUACACUGCCCGCGGGACUGCUCGAGGCCGGGGGGAGAGCGAGGAGAAGAUAAUAGAUGAUUCGGUGGAAUGAGAGCAGCGGUGCGCUCGAGAUGAUGAUGUACAUUGGGGUCUGAGGAGAGAAGGAUGGGGUUGCGGUGUUGAGGAGGACAUGAUCUUUAUGGUUAAAGCAGCAAUCACUACCAAAUUGCGAUGAGAAUGUGAGUAGGAUUCUUCAUCAUUCUGCGGACAGGCACGGGCGACCCCGCGUACUAAUUGGAGUGCUGCUGUACAAGGCAUGUUGGACAGACGGAGCGAACAGGACGCAGAAUGGUAGUACUAACGACCUCUGCCGUGACCUCGUGACGCAAACGAGUUCCUCCUCCCCCUUCUGCUGCUGCCAGUACCGUCGUUGCACUGAUAGCAGUAGUAGAAGCAGCCACUCGAGCUGGCUCGUUGUCUUGUCUACAACCCUUCUCUGAUUCCCGACCUCAGCUCCCACCAUUGUUGCUGGCAGCACCCUCCUGCUCCUGCUAACAUUUGGUUUUCCGCUGCAAUUCCACCUCGGGGGAGGUCAGAUUUAGGAGAUUGCCGAGCCGCCAACCAGCAGGCUGGCAUCGCAAACUGGAAUGAUCCAGCACUAGCUUCAAGAAUUGGAACUCUGUCGACAGAACGUUGCAAUUGAGGAGUCGCCACAAAUGCGAAUAGCCAUCAUCACCUGCGAUCCCAGCUCCGGGAUUCAGCUCCUCCGUGUUCCCUUCUUCUGCUAGAGAAUGCCUCCGAGAAGUUCACUGUACUCUGCCCAGUGCCGCUCGAACGGGCUCGACGAUCGAACGAUAGAUACAUUUGCAACCUCGGGCGAUCUUCGCAGUGAGCCCCUCGUCUACAUGCAUCUGUCUCCGAGGCUCGAUUCGAACAGGGGUUUUGCAGUUUCUGCCGAGGAUUACAGGUUGUGUAGUUCGUAGGUCACUCGCAUUCACUCGGAGCUCUUGGCUUUGGAUCAGCAGCAGCCUCUUGAGAAUCGCGUUCGUGGUGGCAAGGCAAGGCCACGAAUUUCAAGCUAGAUGAUAUUGUGACUGUGACUGGGACUUCAGCGAGGAUCUCGGAGGCCUGCAGAGAGGCUUUGGCAUUUCGGCUCGGGUUUAGAUGUUGCCGCUGUGAUCAGUGUACAGAAACCGAGCGUAGAUUAUUUCGCUGUACGCAACGCACAGCUCAUGGAGCGGGGGGCAAAUUUGCGGCUGCUGCUGAUAGCUUGCGCAGCUUGCAUGCUCGCCUCGGGAUGUUUCGCAGCGCGGCUGCUGCCGCUACCGUCGUCCCAGAUCCUCGGACUCCUGCAGCUGCAAAAUGUUCUCGAGAGUCCUCCGGCUCUCAAUGGAUGGUACACGUGGUCGGAUUUCUGCGAUCUUCCGCCAUCGCCGAACCUCAACAUCGUGUGCGAGAACGGAUCGCUGACAGAGCUGCGAAUCGUGGGGGAUAAGCCGGGCCCAUCGGCCGUGCAGGACUACAGGAAUGAGACGGCGGAUUCUCGACUGUCACCGUCGUUCUCGUCCAGCACUCUGGGCGACGCGCUGAUGCUGCUCCCGAACCUCACCGUGCUGGAGCUCGUGUCGCUGGGCAUGUGGGGGCCGAUGCCAUCGCAGCUGGACAACCUCGUCAAGCUCCGGGUGCUCAAUUUCAGCUCGAAUUACUUCUCAGGAGGAGUGCCAUUCUCUUUCAGCGAGCUCAAUUCGCUCGAGGUCCUGGCCCUGGACAACAACCUUCUGAAUGGCACCUUCCCCGACUGGCUGGGCCGCCUGCCGCAGCUGCGCUCGUUCAUCCUCUCCAAAAACUUCUUCACGGGGCCUCUGCACGGAUUCAACACCACCACCUUCCAAAACGUGGAGACUCUCCUGCUCGACGGCAAUUUCUUCAAUGGCUCGCUGCCGGCCGAGCUCGCGCUGCUGCCGAACCUGGUCACGGCGUUCCUGGCACAGAACGAGUUCUCGGGGCCCAUCCCGGACUUGAGCAGGCUGCAGAAGCUGCAAUCGCUGAACCUGAAUGGCAACGCGCUGGGCCCCGACAUCCCGUCGCUCGGCAGCAAUCUGGUAGUGCUGCAAAUCGCGCGCAACGAGCUCGUGGGCCCCAUCCGCGACGAUCUGCUCGGCAACUACACGCACCUGCGAAUGCUGGACCUGUCGUUCAACUCGCUCACGGGCUUUCCGCCUCUGUCGCUGUUCACGCUGCCCAACAUCGAGACGAUUCUGCUGGCCGAGAACCAUCUGAGUGGGGAGUUCCCGAUCGACAUGCCCAUGGACCCGGGGCUCGUGUACCUCGACAUCUCGUCCAACUUCUUCACUGGCGCUCUGCCCACUGUGCUCGCGCUCGCCACGGCCAAGGGCGAUCGCUAUGUCGACAUCCAGAACAACUGCUUCGACGUCAAGGUGCCCAAGCAGCAGCCGCAGUCCUUCUGCCUGUACGAGAGCAGCAUGUACAGCCCCCGCAAGCACAAGAAUGUCGCGCUCAUCGCCGGGCUCGUCGGAGGCGGGGUCGGCGUCGUCUUGUCAAUCAUUGCCGUCGUCUUCGUCUACCUGUGCAAGCGCAAGAAGACCCAGCGCUCCCCGCACAUCGGCGACUACACCGCCAGCUCCAACGCCGGCAGCUCCGUCGCCAUCCCGUCCGAGCUUCUCUCCAAUGCCCGGUACCUCUCACAGUCCAUGAGGCUCGGCGUCUUGUCACUUCCUCACAAUCAAGUGUUCUCCAUCGAGCAGCUGGAGGAGGCUACUGACAACUUCAGUGACAGUGCGCUGAUCGGCGAAGGCGUCCGUGGCAAGGUAUACAAAGGCCGGCUGGAAGAUGGCACCAAUGUGGCGGUCAAAUGCUGCUGCUUCGACCCGAAGCUCGACACCCACGACGUCAAGGCGCAAAUGGAGCUUCUGUCAAAGCUGCGGCAUCAUCAUGUGGCUAGUGUCAUCGGCUACUGUUUCGUCGAUGGUGAAUCCGGAAAUCGCAAUGACAGACGACUCUUGGUCGUCACGGAAUUCGUGGACAAUAGUAAUCUUCGAACCCAUAUAUCUGGAUCUGAGGAUACUUUGAGCUGGCUCAGAAGGCUAGCGGCCGUCAUCGGAGCCGCCAAGGGCGUUCACUACUUGCACCACGGUGUGCUGCCCAGCAUUUUCCACCACGACUUGAGAAUGUCGAACAUUCUGAUGGAUCAUAAUUUUGUGCCUAAGGUUGCCGACUUCGGAUUACCCAGGCCUCCGCCCCAUGUCAUAGCCAUGCAGUCCGCCCAUGUCAGGAGAAGUCACUACAGACGGAGAUAUGCCAAGGAGAUGGAUGUCUACAACUUCGGCCUGAUUCUGCUGGAGAUAAUCAUGGGAAGACCACCUGUAAUCGAGAAGGCCUUGGGAGAGAAACCCAAAAUUGUGGAGAUGGCACGGUUUAUGGACCUUAAUCCUAGCAUGGACCUGAUCGAUCCGGCCAUUGUGGGAGAAUGCGGAGGGGAGUCUUUGGCAACGGUCGUAGACAUUGCCAUGAAAUGUCUUGCGGACGAUAUGGGAGCUCGACCAUCCAUGGAGGAUGUUCUAUGGAAUCUGCAAUAUGCAGUGCAGUGUUUACAGGACGAUUCAUCAAUUCAAACUGGCCGAUUCAGUGCAAGAUCAUCUCCUAGCGUUCGAAGAGGCAUUUUCUAGGCCCUACUUUUGUGUGAGAACUGCAUAAUUGGUCUUUGCACACAACAUCCUCAAGUGCUGGUCCGCAUCGGGUUCACGGAGCUUAUUCAUUUGAUGGUAAGAUAUGUUAUUCUAGCAUCUCUGCAUCGUCUUCGAGCAGUUGGUGUCGCUGCUAUAAUUGGACAGAACAGGGCACCAUCAUAACCAAGGAUGCGAACAUUGCCAGCACAAAAGGUACUCUUGAAGCCUUACACUAUUCUAAAACUGUGAAGGAUCCAGAAGAAUGAAGACGUGUUUCUUCUGGAGCUGUCACAGUUUCUGCUCUUGCACAUGAGAGCAAUAAGAUCAAUCAGAGCUCGGACCUUUCUGAGGUGAAGAGCAAAACCAUCACCCUCUUGCAUAGAACGUCAAUCAGUAGGUAGGGUGCAUAGGCAUUUCCUCUCUUGAACCACAAGAGUUUCUUGUUGACAUUGUGAUGAGAGAGAGAGAGGAUCGGACAAAUUUUGAUUGCUUGUAACGAAAACAUGAAGACGAUCGUGCCUCAGAGUAAUCCGUCGGAUGAAUUUUGUCUGUUCCCAAUGUCAGCUGAAAGUUCUAUCCCCAAAACUGCUGGGCUCGCUGAGGCCUUUCGACUGUGACGAGCAUCUGCUACAAUCUGAUAGGUGCAGUCCGGAGGAUAUUUUGGCACAGGAUACAAGAGGUCACUAAAAUGUUGUGUCCAUCAUCGUGCAGCUGCAUCGAGGAGUCUUGUUUGUGUGGCCCUCCAAGAUGGACGGGCGAGUCUGUCUGCCGACACGGUGUACCUUCAUGGUGGUCAUGUACAUAUCAGUGGUCCGUCAUCAGCGAAAGAGGUGAAUGCAUCUUGAGAAGGUCGGUCUCAUCCCCUUCACGAUGAUGGAACGACAUGCCAAGAGUUAGCACUGUGUCCCGGGUAUCUAUAGCUUUUGAGCAUCACGACCACAACAUCUUGCAUAAUGGGCACCGAGGAGUUAUGAUCUGUUAUGUAGAAAAACGUGGAAGUGCUUGUCAGAACUAAAACAUCCACUAAGUGCACAUUCGGAGCAGUAACUCCGCUGCCACCACAGACAUGAGCACGAGGCACAAAUAUAUUAAAUGUCUAUCUACGAGUGUCUAAAGAAGAAAUCUCACAACAGUCCUACCGUCACUCCCCACCGAUCGUAUAAUCCAGACUCUAACAAGCUUCACGAGUGUAUCAGUUCUUAUAAAUUCAAAGGCUCGG